UAUGUGUUGGAAUAACUACUACUAUUAUAUGAAUAAAAUAAACACAAAAAUGCGUAAAUUAUGUGUUGGUGACACUCUGCAAAGACAACAAACCUUCUUCAUCACGAGCGUACCAUAUCUACUGUACAAAUGAGGAAAAUAUGAGGCCCCUUGACUAAUCUUGUGCUAAACUUUACUCCAGCAAUCAUUUCAGUGUUAGUAAACGGUAUAUGAUCCACGAUUGAACCUCUUCCAACAAUUCGAGUUAUUGGGACCAACUAGUUCUUGACAUGGUAUCAGAGCCUUCUGUGACCGUGAGGUCUUCUGUUCGAUUCCCGGUGACCCCCAUCUGUUUCUGUUAAGCACACGGUGUCCAGACCUGUGCCUAUCCAAACUAUAUGAUCCACGAUUGAACCUCUUCCAACAACUCGAGUUAUUGGGACUAACUGGUUCUUGACAUUCAGUAUCAAGAGCAUACUUCUGUUAACAAAGAUCUGUCUCACGAGGUUUACAUGUACAACAGGCUGAUGCAUGAUACAGCCAUUGUCACCCAAUACGCUCUGGCGCUCCCUAAAAUUGAUACUUAUGGAACGGAACGGACAUUACUUGUCUUUUCCACAAACUAUUAACCAGUCGUGGAUUUAGUAUUUACAAAAAGCCAGACUCUGUAUGGAAAAAGCCAUAUAUCUGAAAAGGAUUGGUCCUAACUCCUACGUACUUAACUUUAUGAACAAUAAUGCAUCCAUCCACCACUAGAUUUUCACUAUAAAAAGCCCCCGGCCAUGCAUGUCAAAUCUACAGCCAAAAUACUCGAUAGAAGUACACACCAAAAGACAACCAAAAAAAUAAAAUAAAAAAAUCUCACGAGAUGAAGAAAACCCAUAUUACCCAUGAUUCCCUCCUCCUUAUCCUCCUCGUUGCCGCCACCUUCUUCUUCACCUCAUCCUCCGCCACGUCCCGCAACACCGACUCCAAGAAGAAACCUUUAGUCCCAUGCAAGAAGCUCGACCUCUACUUCCACGACAUCCUCUACGACGGCCACAACGCGGCCAACGCGACCUCCAGCAUCGUCGCCAGCCCGGUCGGCGGCUCGGGCACCCGAACCGCCCUGUCCCCGAGCUUCCACUUCGGCGACGUCAUCGUGUUCGACGACCCCGUCACGUUGGACAAGAACAUCCACUCGACCCCUGUGGGCCGGGCCCAAGGCUCGUACAUCUUCGACGCCAAGUCCACGUACUCGGUGUGGCUGGGCUUCGCGUUCGUGCUGAAUAGUGCGGACUACAAGGGCUGCAUCACGUUCGCCGGGGCCGAGCCCGUGACGCUGAAGACCCGCGACGUGCCGGUGGUGGGCGGGACCGGGGACUUCUUCAUGCACCGUGGGAUUGCGACGACUAGUGAUGAGGUUGUGGACGGUCACCUUUGUGUUCGGGUCCAGAUCAGGUUUUAUGAGUGUUACUAAGUGGGGUUUUGGGCCGGGCCUGUCAUGGGCUUUUAAUUAGCACUUGUUUAAAAGAAAACAGUGUGGUUUGCCUGCGAGGCCUGUAAGAGUUAAGAAGCGAGAUUGAGUUUCGGAGAGAGCCCAUGUUGGCGUUUGGUUAAGAAUCGAAAAUAAGUUUCAAGAGACCAUAUUGCUGUUUGAAUAAUCAUGUGGCUUUGUACUUUUCCCCCACUCUACGAUGCGGGGAUACUUGUAGGUAUUUUUGUGUUGGUUUGUUUGACAGUUAGCUCAUCUUACCGUGAAAAAUGCUCUUUGUUGAUUUCUUGAUCUCGUUUUGAUUGUUAAUCUAAGGAAGAAAGAAGAAAAAAAAAACACAAUUGUUGGUUGCAAUGUAGUCAAAAUCGCGCUUUAAAACUUAAAAACUUACGAUUUUACGUUUCUAGAUCACUAAAACGCUUCUACACAAAAACUCAGUUUUUAUACCUUAUGUAGUUAAAAAAUCCGCUUUAAAAUUUAAAAACUUACAAUUUUAUGCUUCCAGAUCACCAAAAUGUUUCUACAUAGAAACUCGGUUCUGACUACAUUGGUUGGAUGUUGCUCCAAGUUGUUAGAGUGUGGUAUAAGAUCCAGCAUAACCUUCUUCUAACAACUCGAGUUAUUAGGAUCAACUGGUUCUUGACAUGUUAUCAGAACUGGUUUGACCAAGUAGUCUUGUGUUCGAAUCUCCACGACCCCAAUAAAGUUCACCUUGUUCUUCUUCUUUCGGCCCACAUAUUGGGCUUCGGUCACCAUAUCUUUGUUAUUGGGCCUGAAAGAACCUUCAUCCUGCCUUGCGCUUCGGCCCAUCAAAUUUCUAGGUAAUUUAUAUGCUCGCAACCGCCGACGAGUGAAAAAAGGCGGCAAGUUCCCCCGACGAGCGAGCGAGCAUGCUAACGGCUCUCUUGGAUUCCCGAUCGUCCUCUCCGUCUCCAAUCGUCUUCUCCAAUCAAAGGGUAUUCGCAUUGGUCGCUGGCAGUUCCGGAAUCAACACUUUCAGACCAUUACUUCGUAAGCGCUUUCUUGAUUUCCCCCCUUACCUUACUUCUCCGAGCUCUAGUUACGACUUACGACGCGUUCUCCGACUUGCAAUUCGUCCAUCUCAUUCUUCUUACUUGUUGUUCGGGAAAUUAGGUUUACAUAUGUAUUGUUUACCAAAAAGCCAAUCCUUCCAUUUGAAUAUGUUUUCGUUUACCAGAGAACAUUUCAUUUUCUAUGUAUAAAUUGGCCCCAAAAUUUGAGCUAAAAAAUGGUGAAGGAUGCUAUCAUUUGCUCCACCUCUUUGCAGAUAGCAAUCAGUUCUCUUAGAUCAUAAGAACACAACAGACCACCCUACCUCCACACCAUAGUAGCACAUAAUUAUAAAAAAUAAUAGAUCAA